UCGCCAUUGACCAAUGAGGAACAGGAGCAGGGAAAGGGGGAGGGGCAGAGUGCAGGAGACGAAGCUAAGGAACUAUCGUGAAGAUUGUCUCGCCACAGCAAACCGAAGACAUUAAAAGCCAUGCAUUUUGUCGUUUCGGUGAAGGCAGCCCCUGUGGCCCUCAGCGUCGUCAUGGGGCUGUUCCUCGCCGCGCGCCGGGCGGGGGACGAGCACGACCGGACGCUGAAGGCCAUGCACGACUUCGCCAGGAGUGUCAAGCCCUCGGCCAUCCGGCAGUUCGGAAUGAUCCUGCUGGCGCGCGGCAACGACCCUCUCUCCGUACUCCCGGACCCCGCCACGGCCACCGGGAACGACGCCCCCCUUGUGGACGAGUACCACCCGGUGUGGCCUCACGACGGCGGGAACAUGGCCCAGAACUUCAGUGUCGCCAUCGAGGACCUCGAGAAGAAGAGGGGCGAGGUUGGGAUAUCCGGGACGUCUGCAGGCGACCUGUGCGAUGCCUGCCACAGGAGUCUGGAGUCCCAGAGCGGCGGCGAAUACGAGAUAAUCACGUCACGCAUGGCAAGACUGCUGGAGGCGGGCCCCUCGAGUCUACCUCUUCGGGCCUUCUACCUCUUCACGUACCUCCUGCCCUGCGAGUCCUGCCUCCUUCAGAUCUCCAAGACGCUCAGGAGUAUCCUUCGCUCCUUCGGUUAUUCGAAUCUUGAUAUUUAUAUAGGCUAUGUAGAGGAAGGCACCAAAUGGCACAGAAAAAGCCGCAUAACCAGCGUGCCGAUCGCAGACGACAGCUUCAACACACGAAGCCUACCGAUGUGCACGGACCCAAGGCUUCGCGGCAACACUUACCUAAGGAGAGUGAGGCUUGAGGCACCUCUCGCGUGUUCUCGCUCUCGCUGAAUCUUACGCAAGGGUUGAUAGGGAAUGUUGGUAGCUGAUAACUGGUGAAAAUACUUGGAAAAUGUGUCAUGGUUAUAUGAUGAUACCUGAUGAAAUUAUUGUAUGUUCUAUAUGUUAUAUUCUGGUAAUAUUUUGCAAUGACGGUUCAUGUUUUGUUAUAGGGCAACGAUGCUGAUAGAACGCAUUUCUUCAAUGGUAUUUAUCGUUCAUAUUUCAUCUCUAUUAGAAAAUUAAUAGAUAAUAAAUAAUCAAUUUGG